AUAUAAUUUUCUUAGACUUUUGAAUUAAAGAAUUAUAAUAAUUGCUAGUAACAAAUUUUUUUGUUAAAAACUUAAUACAGAAACUAAAUUUAAUAAGAAUUAAUAUUUCUAUAUAGCUCUUUAUGUAUUCAAAAUUAUAUUUGAUGGUAUGCUUAAUGCUUUUAAACAAAGCAUUAUGUUUAUCAUCAUCAAAACCUACUCUAAAACGAAAUAAAAGCUUCUCACCAAUAUUAGGAUGUUUUAUGCCGUCAAAUUAUGAAGAUGUUUUAUUCGAUGAAGUUGAUUUAUUCGAUGAAGAUGAAUCAAAAUUAUCAGAAGAUGAAUCAGAAAAAACUUACAGCUAGUGUCAUCAUCAUUCUUGAUUUAUGCAUUUUAUGCUGCGAUGAAAAAAAGACCGUGACUUUAAAUUGUUGUGGAAAUUCAAUUGGUAAUUUAUGUUCCAAUAUUUUAAUACAAAGCGAGAAACCUUGCCCAUACUGCAGACAUUUAAUAAGAGAUUUCAAAGGAAUAAACAUUAUGACUGAGGUAGCAUUAAAAGAAUUUUUAAACAAAGAUUAUUAUACAACCAAUCCGGCUUGUGAGCUUAAGCUUGAUGAUUUUAAAAAUUUAAUGAAGCGUGUUAAAUGCGAAAACUUUAAUCCAGUGGAAAUAAUAGCUCGGCUGAAAUAUCUCAUGCGUGGUCAGCAACCAGAUGAUAAACUGUUAAAAGAUAUUGAUUCACUUCUAUCAGUUAGAAAACAUAUACAAUUAAGACAAUAUAUAGAACAUGUUUUUAAAAAUUGUUUGAUUCCCAAAGCUGAAUUUGAACUUUAUAAAAAACAUUUUAAACGUAUAUUAUCUAUGAAAGAAAAUUUUAUGUUAAAACGUUACUAUAAACGAAAUAAUCUAGACGUAAAAAAAGAAUUUCUAAGACGAAAUCAAUAUUUUGAUAAUAUUGUAGAAGAAUAAAAAUGUUUUUCUUUUAUGUU